AUGACAAAGGCUUCCAGAACAAACAAAAAGAUCAUUCAUGGUUAUUGUGUAGGAUUUGGAUUCAGACCACCUUUUCAAGUUGUUGUCGAUGGUGAGUUUUGUAAAAAAGCACUCGAGAAAAAGAUCUAUGUCAAGGACGCGCUUCCUGAUCUCGUAGGAGAGAAGACAAGAAUAGGUAUUUUGGUGACUGAAUGCAUCUUGCAAGACAUGAAAGAUAAAGGCCAUGAUUUUACCAGUGCCUUGAUCCUCGCUAAAAAGUUUGAGUCUCGUCGAUGCCCACAUAAGGAUACCAAAGUGUCUGCUUACCAAUGCAUUCGUGAUCUGGUAGGCACAGACAACAAGGAUCAUUUCUUUGUUGCAUCGCAGAAUCCUAAAUUAAGAGACAGAAUGAGAAAGAUACCAGGUGUGCCUGUCCUUUAUGUGGAUGUCAAACAUCAAGGAUUAGGCCUUGAACCAAUGACAGAUAGAUCAAAACAUGCUCUGAAGGUGCAUGAGGAAGAAAAAGUGAAGCCAUUGGAUAAAGACACAGCUCGAUUAAAAAGAGCUCUUUUAGAAGAAGAAGCAAAGAAAAAAGAAAGUGCGCCACAACAUAAAAAGAGAAAAGUAAAAGGUGUUAAUCCUUUAGCUAUGAAGAAGAAAAAGAAGACGCCUCCUCCACCUAAAAAGAAAUAA